AUGUCUGAUUCAAUCAUUUCAAAUACUGUUAGAACAACCUUAUCAACCCCACCCUCACCAUCGUAUAGUAAAAGGCAGCGUAAUACUACCAUCAAUCAUAACAGCAAUGAUAAUGGCAAUAAAAGAAGACUGAAAGUUCUAAGCGCUUGUAAUGAAUGUCGACGUAAAAAAAUCAAAUGCGAUGGGAAAGAACCCUGCGUCUGCUGUAUCAAGUCAAAUAAGCGGGUUAUCUGCAAAUAUACAACGACAGCUUCCAGUGAGAAGCUUGGAGGUAGAGCCAUCCUACCAACAAAAAGACAAUCACAUAACAGCGAUCGACAUCAUCCUUAUCCACAUAAGCAACAGAAAAAUGAUAUUCCACCAUUAUCAUUAACUUCUAUCAAUACGACAACAACUAGCUCCACAACUACAACGACCACAUCUUCUAUGACUUCGAUACAAUCCAUCGAAUCUCGAUUAGCUGCUAUUGAAGACGUUCUUCAUAGCUUCGUAAGAAGACAUCAGCAACUGAAACUAGGAGAUCAAUAUGAAAAUGAAGACUCCGUACCUCAACAGCAACAAGAAUUAGUACAAAAGAUUCGUGAAGAAGUGUCUGAACUACGCCGCAUCCAAUUGCCUCCUUUACGGCACGAUUCCAGCUUCCCUUCUUCCCCUGUUAGUCCUACUUCUAAUAAGCAACAGUCUGCUUUUAUUCGACCUUCCAUUUCCAACCAUUAUCCAUACUAUAGCCCUUUUUCAACUUGCAGUAAUUCUCCUACUAGCAGUAACAGUGGCAGUAGUCCCUUGCGAGCUACCCGUAUAGGUUCUUUUGCUGGGUCUGGAUCUUCCUUUACUCCUGGCAGUGCUCCUCUUAAUACUUCUGCUUCUGCUGCUGGUUCAGCAAAUGUAGUUUCUCAUAAUCAUUACUAUUCUCAUCACUCAUACUCUAAUAACAGUGUCUAUUAG